AGUGCGCAUGCGCUAUGGCCACCUCACCUGAGCCCGGGUGAGACUUGGGCAUCACGCAGGGCAGCCCUGCCAUGUUCUCUAGACAUUGACUUUCCCCCAAACUGGAGCAUGGAGGAGGAAGAGAAUGAAGAAAUAACUUCUGAGCUGCUGACAGUCAGGCCCCAGGAAUUGGUGACAUUCCAAGAUGUGGCUGUGAACUUCACCCAGGGGGAGUGGAAAAGGUUGGACCCUGCUCAGAGGGCCCUGUACAGGGAGGUAAUGCUGGAGACCUUUGAGAACUUCAUCUUCCUGGGGCUUCCAGUUUUAAAACCAGAUGUGAUCUCCUGGUUGGAGAAAGGAGCAGCACCAUGGAAGCCCAAGGGAGAGAUUUCAAGAGAGCCUGACCCAGGCGCCCUCUGUCAGAAAAGGCGGUGUAUCACUGAGGACCAAUCUCUGAAUCAGGGCAUUUGCGUGAAAGCAUCCUCUAAGGAAAGACUGCAAAAGCAGAGGAUUCACACUGGCAAGAAAUGCUAUAAAUUCAACAAGUGCGGGGAAGCCUUCAGCCACAAUACACCCCCUGUGCACUGUGAGAGAAUUAAUACCGGUGAUAACUCAAAAGAAUGUGGAAAAGCAAUUAAACAGUUGGGAAGCCCUGAUGAUCAGAAAAUUCAGCCAAAAAAUAAACUAUAUCUUUCUAAUGAAUUCAGGAAAACUUUUACUAUACAUCAGAGAGUUCAGGUUAACGAGGAACCCUUUGAUUCUAAUGAAUGUGGCAAAGACAUUGAAAGGAGAUAUAAAUUAAAUGACCAUCAGAGAAUUCAUACUGGAGAGAAACCCUUUGAGUGCAAGGAAUGUGGGAAAAACUUCAGCCUGAGAUCAUCAUUUAUUUUACAUUGGAGAAUUCACACUGGAAAGAAACUCUUUGAAUGUAAUGUAUGUGGGAAAGGCUUCCAUUACAAAUCUUACCUUAUCCUACAUCAAAGAAUUCAUACACGAGAGAAACCCUUUGAAUGUAAUGAAUGUGGAAAAACCUUUAGAUGGAAAAGUCAGCUUGAUAAGCACAAGAGAAUUCAUGUUGGAGAAAAUCAUUUGGAAUCUGAUAAAUCUGAUAAAUCUGAAAAAGAAUUUAUCCAAAGGCAAAAUGUUGCUAAAAAUAGAAUAAUUCAUGCCGGAGAGAAACCCUUUAAGUGUAGUGAAUGUGGCAAAGCCUUUAAAUGGAAGUGUAAACUUAAUGAGCAUCAGAGAAUCCAUAGUGGAGAGAAACCCUUUGGUUGUAAUGAAUGUGGAAAAAACUUCCGCCUGAGAUCAUCACUUAUUUUACAUCAGAGCAUUCAUACUGGAGAGAAACCCUUUGGGUGCAGUGAAUGUGGCAAAGCUUUCCACAACAAAUCUCAGCUUACAGUACAUCAGAGACUUCAUACUGGAGAGAAAACUUUUGAGUGUAAUGAAUGUGGAAAAAUCUUCUACAACAAAUAUCACUAUACUCAACACCAGAGAAUUCAUACUGGUGAAAAGCCCUUUGAGUGUAUUGACUGUGGGAAAAAAUUCAGCCUGAGGUCAUCGCUUAUCAAGCAUCAGAGAAUUCAUACUGGAGAGAAGCCUUUUGAGUGUAUUGAGUGUGGGAAGAAUUUUAGUGAGAAAUCAUCACUUAUUAAACAUCAGAGAAUUCAUACUGGUGAGAAACCGUUUGAGUGCCAUGAAUGUGGAAAGAAGUUUAGCUGGAGGCCAUCACUUAUUUCACAUCAGAGAAUUCAUACUGGAGAGAAACCCUUUGAAUGUAAUGAGUGUGGGAAAAACUUCAGCCAACGGACAUCACUUACUCUUCAUCAGAGAAUUCAUACUGGAGAGAAGCCCUUUAAUUGUAGUGAAUGUGGAAGAAACUUUAGUGAAAGGUCAUCUCUUAUAAAACACCAGAGAAUUCAUACUGGAGAGAAACCCUUUGAGUGUAAUGAAUGUGGGAAGAACUUUACUCAGAGAUCAUCACUAACUUCACAUCAAGGGAUUCACACUGGAGAGAAACCCUUUGAGUGCACUGAAUGUGGGAAAGCCUUCCAUUUCAAAUCUCACUUUAUUGUACAUCAGAGAAUUCAUACUGGAGAGAAACCCUUUGUGUGUAAUGAAUGUGGGAAAAACUUCAGCCAGAAGUCAACACUAAUUUCUCAUCAAGGGAUUCAUAAUGGAGACAAACCCUUUGAAUGCAUUGAAUGUAGGAAAACCUUCUGUUUCAAAUCUCACUUUACUAUACAUCAGAGAAUUCAUACUGGAAAGAAAACCUUUGAGUGUAAUGAAUGUGGGAAAGCCUUCUACAGCAAAUCCCACCUAACUGUACAUCAGAGAAUUCAUACUGGAGAGAAAACCUUUGAGUGUAAUGAAUGUGGGAAAGCCUUCUACAGCAAAUCUCACCUUACUGAACACCAACGAAUUCAUACGGGAGUCAAACCCUUUGAGUGUAAGGAGUGUGGGAAAAGCUUUCGCCAGAGGUCAUCAUUUAUUUCCCAUCAGAGAAUUCACACUGGAGAGAAACCCUUUGAAUGUAAUGAAUGUGGGAAGACCUUUAGCAGAAGAUCAUCACUUAUUUCACAUCAGAGAAUUCAUACUGGAGAGAAACCCUUUGAGUGUCAUGAAUGCGGCAAAAACUUUAGUCGUAAAGCAACACUUAUUUCACAUCAGAGAAUUCACACUGGAGAGAAACCAUUUGAAUGUCAUGAAUGUGGGAAGAACUUUAGCCAGAGGUCAUCAUUUAUUUCACAUCAACGAAUUCAUACUAGUUAAAAAACCCUGUAAUGACGUUGGGAAAGCCUUCACUUGAGAGAACCAUUGUCUUCAAUAUCAGAGAAUUCAUAGGGGAAAGAAACCCUUUUAAUAUGAAGAAUAUGGGAAAAAAAUUUACAGAUAACAUCACUUAGCUUCCAUCAGGCAAUUCAUAGUGGAAAGAAAUGCCUUGAAUAUAGUAACUAUGAGAAAGCCUUCUCCUAAAAGGACCAAUUUCCUGAAUAUAUUUUUAAAAUUAAUAUUAGAAACCUACUAAGUGUAUAGGAUGUAAAAAAGAAAUUCAACCAUAAACCAUCAUUCAGUAGGCAUGAAUGAAUUGAUAUAGAGGAGAAUUCCUAUUGUGAUUAAGGUAGGAAAGCUUUCCAAUUUAAAAUAGAACUUAGAAAACAUAAGAAAAUUCCUGCUGUAGCCUAAGUCUUUCACUAUAAGUGAUGUGAGAAAGCCUUUAGACAUUCUUUAUUCUUCAUAAUUUCAGAAUUCUUGUAUUUGAGAUAAAGUACACAAAAACAAUGAAUGUGUCAAAACCUUCGACUAGAGAGGACUUCAUAUUGUACACUACAGAGUACAUAAUUAAAGUCUAUCAAUGUAAUUAAAGUGAGAAGGUCUUUAACACUAAUCAAGUCCUUAGGAUGUAUUGUAGAGUUAACAUAGAAGAAAAAGAUCAUGAAUGCAAAUGGCCAUGGGAAUAUUGGGGUAUAAUUCAUCAUUAGAUGUCACUGAUUUCAUGGUGGCCUAUAGCGAUGAAACAAUGAUAGGAAAGCAGCAGAAUAACUUGCCAUUUGUUGGAGGGUCAAGAUUGAGUUCAUCACCAGUCACAAUAUUUUGUGAUAUUUAGAGAGAGAAAAAUGACUGCAUCUUCCAUGGUUCCUCCUCACUGUAAUCCCCUUUGCAUGCCAUCUGGGGGCAACAGAGUUGCACAAUUCAGUGAGUCAAGUUUGGCUGAUGCAGGAUGUUAAAUAAUAAACUAUCUUUUAAAAAUGUUAUAUUUAAAAUAUGUAACAUCUCUGUCUAAUGACCAAUCAAUGACAUAUUGCUAGAGGACCUAAAUCAUAUCAAUGUUUACACAGCUGGUAUGCACAAAACCAGAAGAAAGAAGUAGGUUGCACCUGAAUGAAAUGAUGGCUCACAUAUACUCCAUGGAGAGGUAAAGAAGGGAUUUGGCAGAAUGGGUUUUACCAUAUGCCCCAAAGCUACAGGAAACAUUAUUUCAUGGGACAUUU